UGAACCUUUUUAACUAUCCCGCCAUACGGAAAUCGCAGAAUGCUGUAACUGGAGACGCGCUCUUUCUUCUCUCUCUCCUCGAGAUCUUACCGGAAAAGUUUCGCCGCCGGAUUUUCACCAUUCCGCCGCAGAAGCAAAAGAGUUUCAUCGAUUUGAAAAUUAAAUGGUGGUGACAAGAGGAGAUCAAAUUGCUGGAAGCUCUUUGGCAUGUAAAUCUAUGAUUAAAAUGAGUGGGAGUCAUCUCCCUGAAGUCAAUAAAUCCAGAGGUCACUUUCUUCAAACAAAUUGGUCGAAACAUGCCAAGGCUUUUGAGUGUAUACCAUCCUUGAAUAAGUUUAUGGGCUCCAAUUUCCUUUACUCUCUAGAAAGUCAAAAGCUGGCAAGAGAUAGAGAAAUGGGUGCAAGGUCUAUUGAAAACAUCGCUCCUGUAACUGUGCAAACUUUGGCACGACCAGAAAUUGAAAAGGCGUGGUGUACUCUUAUAAAUCUCUCAAUAAAUAAUACUUACCUGAGACCUGGCAUUACUCCUGCAAUUGAUGAUGGCAGCACUGAUCGUUCAUCAUCUACGAAAAGAUCCACUGUUAAAGUUACAUCCAGUGCUGAUGGAUCUUUCUACGCACACAAUCAUCCAGAGCAUAGUCAAAGGAGUUUAAGAGGCACUGCAAAAUCAUUUGACAGUUUCUCAUCCUCUUCCGUAGGUGAUAAUAACAUAACUAUUGGCAAGGUUCCACGGGUCAAUGAUGAGGUUAGAGAUUCAGUAACGGGUUGUAAAUAUACAAAUGGUAUGGAGAUGCCACCAAUCAAAAAUUCCGCACACCUAGUCAGACUGGUGGAGCCUAGGGAAGCUAGUCUUGGUGAGAUUGAUUAUGAUGACAUAAUGGAGAUUAUUGAGGUAGAUCAGAUUGUGAUGGACCACUGCCCUUCAAGGUGUCCCAAGCAACCAUCAGUAUCUAAGUUUGUGGAUACAUUUGCUUCCAGAAGAGAAGAAGAGCAAGGUUUGUUUCCUGAAUUAUGUUCCAACUGUAGUCAUGGAAUAAAGCUAGGGCUUUGUCCUGAAGCUUCUACCCAUGUGGAACAAAUGAAGGAUACGCUGCUUGCAAUAUCAAAUGAAUUCCUCGACAAUACUUAUGACCUGGGCCCCGAUCAUGUUGAACAGCUUCGUCAAAAGAGGUUACUGUUGAAAAAGCAAAUCCAGCAGCUCGAGAUCCUUAUCCAAAAUAAAGAAAGGAAAAAAUCUGAGUGUUUGGUAUCUACACCUUCUCAUAAUAUUCAGUAUGAAACACCUCAAACAACAAAUCAUGUGGUGGUUUAUACGCAGACAGAUUCUCCUGACAAAUCAUGUGGUGGUUUAUGCCCAGCAACGGAAGGCAGAUAUGUAACUGAUAACUGGAAUAUGCCAAGAGACUAUUUAGUUUCUAAAGAGAGGUAUGAUAUUUCAUCUGGUUCUGUAGAGAGGGAACAAUCUGUUUCCGAGGUUAUAGAUGUCACUGAUACCGAGAGUUCAAAUGACAAAAAGUGGGCCAGUCGUGAUUUUCCUUGGACGAAAAAUCUGGAGGUCUAUAACAAAAUAGUGUUUGGAAACCACUCAUUUCGACCAAACCAAAGAGAGAUCAUUAAUGCUACAAUGAGUGGUUGUGAUGUUUUUGUUUUGAUGCCAACCGGAGGGGGGAAAAGCUUGACAUAUCAGCUCCCUGCUCUACUCUGUGCAGGAAUAACAUUAGUCAUUUCUCCACUUGUUUCACUCAUUCAAGACCAGAUAAUGAACUUAUUGCAGACCAAUAUAUCUGCUGCUUCCUUAAGUGCCGGAAUGGAGUGGGCUGAACAACUAGAGAUACUUCAGGAGCUGAGCUCUGAGAAUUCUAAAUACAAGUUACUGUAUGUAACACCAGAAAAAGUGGCAAAAAGUGAAUCCCUUAUAAGGCACCUCGAAAUCUUAAACUCCCGUAGUUUGCUUGCUCGAUUUGUUAUUGAUGAAGCUCAUUGUGUGAGUCAGUGGGGGCAUGACUUUCGACCAGACUACCAGGGUCUUGGUGUUCUGAAGCAGAAGUUUCCUAACAUUCCCAUGUUAGCUUUGACAGCUACUGCAACAACCAGCGUAAAGGAAGAUGUUGUACAAGCUCUUGGGCUGGUAAACUGUGUUGUUUUCCGGCAAAGUUUUAAUCGCCCUAAUCUAUGGUAUUCUGUUGUUCCCAAGACAAAUAAGUGUCUGGAAGAUAUUGACAAGUUUAUCCGGGAAAACCAUUUUGAUGAAUGUGGCAUCAUUUAUUGUCUUUCAAGAAUGGACUGCGAAAAAGUCACGGAAAUGUUGCGGGCGUUUGGCCAUAAAGCGGCCUUCUACCAUGGCAGUAUGGAUCCUGGUAAACGUGCCUUUGUACAGAAACAAUGGAGCAAGGAUGAAAUCAAUAUAAUAUGUGCUACAGUGGCAUUUGGAAUGGGAAUCAAUAAGCCUGAUGUUCGUUUUGUAAUUCAUCAUUCUCUACCAAAGUCCAUAGAAGGCUAUCAUCAGGAAUGUGGUCGUGCUGGUAGAGACGGCCAGAGGUCAUCAUGUGUUUUGUAUUACAGUUACACUGAUUAUAUUCGAGUGAAGCAUAUGAUUAGCCAAGGAGGACUUGGCCAAGGCCAGAUGAAAAUGGGAUAUAAUUGUAAAGCAAGUUCAGGGAGGAUGCUCGAAACGAACACGGAAAACCUUCUCCGCAUGGUUAGUUACUGUGAAAAUGAGGUGGAUUGUCGACGUUUCUUACAGCUAGUUCAUUUGGGAGAAAAAUUUGAUUCAACAAACUGCAAAAAAACAUGUGAUAAUUGUUCCAGCAGCAAAAUUUUGAUUGACAAAGAUGUAACUGUGAUUGCUAGGCAACUGGUGGAACUGGUUAAGCUAACAGGAGAAAGGUUUUCGUCAGCUCAUAUUGUAGAAAUCUACAGGGGAUCCUUAAACCAGUCGGUCAAGAGAAACAGACAAGAGACUUUGCACCUCCACGGAGCAGGAAAGCAUUUAACUAAAAGUGAAGCCUCUCGUAUUUUGCACUAUCUUGUGACAGAGGAUAUUCUCGCAGAGGGUGUUAGAAAAAGUGAUCUGUAUGGAUCUGUAUCGUCUUUGCUGAAGGUGAAUAGAUCAAAGGCCGCCUCGCUCUUAUCUGGAGGCCAGAGUAUAACGAUGAGGUUUCCUUCGACCAUAAAAGCGUCAAAGCCGAGCAAAUCCACAGCAAAAGUUCCACUAAAGCAAACUACUCUUCCAAUGGCAAAAGCUGCCCCACAAGAUUCGAAUCUCCCCCACAUUUUGUUGACAGCCUUGAAAAAGCUUCGUUCUGAUAUUGUCAAAGAAUCCUCAGAUGGAGUCAUGGCAUAUCAUAUAUUCGGCAAAGCGACGCUUGAGCAGAUAAGUAAACGACUUCCCAGAACCAAAGAGGAACUCCUUGAUAUCAAUGGUCUAGGAAAAGCCAAGGUGAGCAAAUACGGAGAUCGUUUAUUGGAAACCAUAUAUUCAACCAUCAACGACCACUACAAAACCGGUCCCGGUUCAGGGAAGAGGAGAAGAGACGAGAACAUUUGCCCGAAUGUAGCAGACGAUGAUGAUCCCGACUGGACUGCGAGUCAGUCCCACAAAAAGGCAGUGAAGAACAAAAAGUAACACGGUUCAUAAGCUUUAAAGUUACCCAAAAAAAAACUAAAAAACAAUCUAUAGUUACAAAAUAGUGAUUCAAGCUAUAUAUUUGCCUAUAUAUAGUCCCUUGGCCAGAGAGAAUAAGGACCGGGAAAUAAUAUAGGGUUAGGUUAAGAAAAACCUUUAUACAUAAACCAUGUCUCAUGAGCUAAUGUUAAAUAUGUCAUAUUCUGCAACUCUUUAUAUACUCUAAUACUUAUGCAAUUUAAAUCAA